GUACAGCCUCGACUUUGAUCAUCACGACGAGUCAACGAUGCGCUGCUCUCGGAAUCCGAUACCGUUGCGGCACGAUUCGUAUCUGUUCGGCCACCAGACAGCAUAAAAGCUAACUGCUGGAAUAGCUGUUUGCAGCACAAUUCCCUAUCCAUUCUACACAGUAUGGCCGACAUAACUAGUAUGCCAAACAGUACGACUGUCUUGAUCGUUGGCGCAGGACCCUCUGGUCUUGUUGCAGCACUGUCCCUCCUCCAUCAUGGCUUUAAGGAUUUUGUCGUUGUGGAUGCUGUUGAGCAAGGCGAGAAUAGCUCGCGCGCUCUGGUCGUCCAUGCCGCGACCUUAGAGGUACGACAUGUAUUACAACUGUCGGUCAUAAUACACACUUGUUUUGUUUAGGCGCUAGAUACCAUAGAUUGCGGGGCAGAAAUUGCAGAGAAGGGAACCAAAGCAAGGAACGUCAAUCUUGGGAACCGCUCUUCAAAUAUCAUUUCCACCAACCUCUCGUCUCUCGACAAAUACACCCGUCACCCGUAUGCCCUCAUCAUCCCACAGAAUCUUACCGAGUACAUU